AUGGAACCUAAACAGAGUUGGGUAGUCCAGUACGAUUUUACGAAGGGUAAUUUGGAUAUUACACGCUAGACAACAGACAUUCGAGGUUUAUGCACAUCCACCACACUCCUCCGCCGGCAGUCCAUCCCAAGUUCGGCGCGUGUCAUGGCGCGUCCCCCGUUUGUCCACUUGUCAACUUGUCAACGCCCCUCUCACCCCGUCCGUGAUUAAAAGGCGAAAAGAAGGCUAGGCUACCACUACCAAUCUCUCUCUCUCUCUCUCUCUCUCUCUCUCUCUCUCUCUCUCUCAGUCAUUCACUUUGAAUGUUCUUAUAUAUAUAUAUAUAUAUAUUAAAGAAAAAAGAGGAGGAUUUAAUUGGAAUUUUGUAGAGGCUGCUCCAUCUCUGCAGUUUUUGCGAUGGAGUUGGAGGAUGGGCGAUUCGAGCUCAGGGAGAUUCAGAAGCUCGAAGGCCACACUGAUAGGGUCUGGAGCCUCGCUUGGAAUCCAGUCACAGGUGUUGCUGGGAUACCGUACGUAUUCGCUUCUUGUAGCGGCGACAAGACCGUCCGUAUUUGGGAGCAGAGUCCCUCUACUGCUUCUUGGGAAUGCAAGGCUGUUCUGGAGGACACACACACUAGAACCGUCCGAUCCUGUGCUUGGUCACCAUCGGGCAAACUACUGGCUACGGGAAGCUUUGAUGCCACCACAGCUAUUUGGGAAAAUGUUGGUGGUGAUUACGAAUGCGUUUCCACUCUAGAGGGUCAUGAAAAUGAAGUCAAAAGUGUGUCAUGGAAUGCAUCUGGGACUCUUCUUGCAACAUGUGCUCGAGAUAAAACUGUUUGGAUUUGGGAAGGAGAGCAAGGCAACGAGUUUGAUUGUGUUGCAGUGUUGCAAGGACAUACACAGGAUGUGAAAAUGGUUCAGUGGCAUCCAACCAUGGACAUUUUGUUUUCUUGUAGCUAUGAUAAUACCAUUAAGGUUUGGGCAGAUGAAGGUGGUGAUGAUGAUUGGGCGUGUGUUCAAACAUUAGGUGAACCUAACAAUUGCGCUGGAUUUCUUGUCAGUGGUCACUCAUCUACUGUAUGGGCUCUGUCAUUUAAUCAUAGUGGAGAUAAAAUGGUUACCUGUAGUGACGAUCUAACCCUAAAGAUAUGGGGAGUAGACACCAUUUCAGCACAGUCUGCCAAUGGUUAUGCACCUUGGAGACAUCUUUGUACCAUUUCAGGUUAUCAUGAUCGGACAAUCUUUUCAGUUCAUUGGUCAAGGGAAGAUAUCAUUGCCAGUGGAGCCGCUGAUGAUGCUAUACGAUUUUUUGUGGAAAACAAAGACAAAGAUGGUUUGGUUGAUGGGCCUUUGUAUAAACUGCUGAUGAAGGAGGAGAAAGCCCAUGACAUGGAUGUAAAUUCAGUGCAGUGGAGCCCUGGGGAGAAACGGCUACUUGCUUCUGCCAGUGACGAUGGGACAAUCAAGAUAUGGGAGCUGGCACCUGUCUCCUGUUAAACUUAUAAAAAAAAAAAAAAGAAGAAGAAAAAACUACAGAAUUUACCAUACCAGUUAUGCUUGAUUGCAGAAAUUUUCUUCUAUAUUGGUCUUAGUUCCCGGUUAUACAGUAACCCAGAAAUUAAGGAUAGUUGGAAACCUAUGGCUGUUGCAAGUGUCAAACAUUAUUAUUGAUAGUUCAUAAGAAUUCUGAUGGUAAAGGUUUUUAAGUGCACAAUUCUGUUUUACAUAUUCAUUAGUGAGAAUGGUUUUUUUAGCUGAAAUAAUUAGUGAGAAUGGUUCUUAUGUUUA